AAACACACCGUAAACUAAAACCUGGAAGCCGAGCCCCAAAGUCCCCCAAACCCUUAUUCCCCGUCUUAGAAUACCAAAACAGGGGCUUGGCCCCUUCUUCUCGUUGGAAGUUGGAACCCUUUCCCCCUCCGUCUUAGUUCACGGCGGCCGGCGACUGAGGGCAAUAGUUCUAACAAUCAAUUACCCUUUCCCUUCCUCUUUUCGGUUUCUUUUUCUUUCGGUUGCUGAAGACUCCAUCAAAAGCGAUAGCAGCGGCGGUGGGGCAACUUACGGCUUCUUUCCUUCGGAGAGUCACCAUCUGAGGCUAUUGAGUUGAGCCCCUGCUCCGGUGCCCCAUUCUUCUUCUCCAUCUCCGUUCGGCCAGCGAGUCUAUCUCUUCUCUUAACUGUGUUUUGAAUCAUCAAUCUGCCAGAUGGGGGUGGAACAAGGACUCGGAACUUCUGAAGAACUAAUGCCUCCGGUUGAGAAGGAUAUUUCUGCUGACGUGGAUUUGAAAGUAAAGAAGUAUCUUCGGGGAGAGGGUGCAAAUUUGGAGGUUUUGCAAGAUAAAAAAUUGAAAGGACAACUUGCUGUUAGAGAACAAUUGUAUGGAAAAUCUGCGAAAGCUGCCGCCAAAGCUGAAAAGUGGCUUAUGCCAAGUGAGGAAGGUUACUUGGAGGCUGAAGGUCUAGAGAAGACAUGGAGGAUCAAACAGGAAUCAAUUGUUCGUGAAGUAGAUCUCUUGAGCUCAAGGAAGCCAUUUGAUAUGGUUUUACCAGAGCUAGGCCCAUACACACUGGACUAUACCUCAAGUGGUCGUUACAUGUCAGUUGCUGGACGCAAGGGCCACCUGGCAAUCAUAGACAUGAAAAAUAUGGGCCUAAUUAAAGAGUUUCAGGUCAGGGAAACAGUUCGUGAUAUUGUUUUCUUGCACAAUGAGCUAUUCUUUGCUGCCGCCCAGAAAAAGUAUCCAUAUAUAUAUAGCAGGGAUGGCACAGAACUUCACUGUCUCAAGGAACAUGGUGCAGUGGUAAAACUUCAGUUUUUGAAGAACCAUUUCCUCCUAGCAUCGAUAAACAAAUUUGGUCAGCUUCAUUACCAGGAUGUCACAAUGGGCGAAAUGGUGGGUAACCAUCGGACUGGUCUUGGCCGUUGUAAUGUAAUGGAAGUGAAUCCCUUCAAUUCUGUCGUCUCCUUGGGUCAUUCCUGUGGCAAAGCCACCAUGUGGAAACCCACCAGUUCUGCUCCUCUUGUUAAGAUGCUGUGCCAUCAUGGGCCCAUCUCUGCGAUCGCCUUUCACCCUGGAGGCCAUCUCAUGGCUACAGCAGGCAUGGAGAGGAAGAUAAAGCUCUGGGAUUUGAGGAAAUUCGAGGUUCUCCACACGUAUUCAGGCCAUGCUAAGACAUUGGAUUUCAGUCAGAAAGGUUUACUUGCUAUUGGAAAUGGAUCUUGUGUACAGAUAUGGAAAGACUCGUCUGGAGCCCAGGAAUAUGGCCGUUACAUGAGUCAUUCAAUGGUAAAGGGAUAUCAGGUAGGAACUGUGUUGUUCCGACCCUAUGAGGAUGUUGUGUGUAUUGGGCACUCCAUGGGUAUAUCAUCCAUUCUAGUCCCAGGAUCUGGAGAACCCAACUUUGACUCCUGGGUGGCAAACCCAUUUGAAACUUCUAAACAGCGGAGGGAAAAGGAGGUGCACUCUCUUCUGGACAAGCUUCCACCAGAGACAAUCAUGCUGGAUCCCACCAGGAUAGGUAAUGUCAGACAAGGAAGGAAGAAAGAAAAACCAACAAAGCAGGAGACAGAGGCUGAAAUGGAAGCAACCAUUGCGGCUGUGAAAGGCAAGACCUUCAAGAAGAAAACAAAAGGGAGGAGCAAACCAAGUAAAUUGGUGACAAAGAAGCAGGAAGUGGUUGCCAGAGCCAAGAGGCCUUUCUUGGAACAACAAAAGAGGGAAGAGGAACAGAAACAAAAGAAGCAGAGAAUAAGCGAGGAGGACAACCAGCUACCCAAGUCUCUGCAGCGGUUUGCUCGCAAGAAGGCAACAUGAUUUGUUGUUUGGCUUAUUUUACUUGUCGAAGCCCAACCAAGUUCCGGCGCCCCAAUUAAGGAGGGAAAAAGAGAGCCAUUCUUGGUGCUCUGUUUUUGGUAGGAUUUAUAGCUUCUGUAUAAUUAAUGUGCUAUUGUCAUCUGAAAAUUUUGAUUCCACCUUGUUUAGAUCUUUUGCCGGUUGAGUUUAUUGGCAUUUCUGGUGAACUAGUCAAUCUAACAAGUUCUUUUGUUUGGUAA